AUGAAAGUAUUUGCCUUGUUUGUUAUUUUGUUGGUUGGAAUUAAUACUUAAAAUAGACUAAAAGAAUAAAUUGAUGAAAUAGAUGGUCUCCUAUUAUUGGAUAGAAAUAAUUACGAUUUUGCAAUAGCAAAAUAUCCAAAAUUGAUUGUUCUUUUUACAACAUAUGGUUGUAAUUUAUGGUAUCAAAUGAAUUUAAAUUAGCUUGUAAUUAAAAUCCACUUUCAUUGAAUUAUCAAAAAGAUUAAGAGAAUAUGAAAUAUAUGUUGCUGAAGUAAUAGCAUGUGAAAAUAAAGCACUUUCUAUUAGAAUGAAUAGUUCAACAUAUCCAGCUGCUUAUAUGUAUAAUGAAGGUGAAAAAUCAGGAUUUCCGAAUGAUGAUGAUAUUGAAUUGUUAUUUGAGUACGCUUUAUAAAAUUAGUAUGGCUUAAUUACAUAGUUGAAUUUACAAAAAGAAGUAUAAUAACUAGUUUAUUAUUUAGAUUGACUUAUUUAUCAAAAGAUCUAAUAUUGCAGUUAUAUCUUAUUAUUCUACUAAUGAGAUAGCUGAUAUUGCUAUUAAAAUGCCAUAAAUUAAAUUUGGUAUUCUCAAUUAACACAUUUAUCCUAAAAUUCAUUAAGCAUUUAUAAAAAACAAAGCAUUUGAAAAAGAAAUAUAUUUUAAUGGAUAAUUGGAAGAAUUUUAUGAUUUCAUAGAUAAAAAUGCUUAUCCUUUAGUUUUUUCUUUAACUGAAGAGGAAUUUAAAAAAGCAGAAGCUGAUGAAAUACCAUUAGUUGGAAUGGUUUUGGAUCCCAAUUAAUUUAAUGAUUUUAUUAAAAGUUAUUUUGAGAUUGUUGCUGAAGAAUACAAAGGUAAAUUACGUUUUGUCUUGAUUAAUACUAAAAAUGAAUUGACUGUAAGAAGAUUUUAAUAUUUUGUUGGAUAAUCAUUGGAAUACAAGAGAAUUUACUAUUAUAAUUUCUAUACAAAAUAUAAGAUAAGUUAACCAUAUGAUGAAGGUUCGAUACCUACAUUUAAAAAAAUAGUAGAAUAAAUUUAAAUAUAUUCUGAACCUUUUUGGGUAGGAGAUGGUUAUGUUCAUGAUUUGACUCCUUUAAAUUACUAGAUUUAAAUUAAAUAGAAUCCUAAUCAUAUAAUUUUAUUUAAUGAUAUGAAUGCUUGUGAUUUGUGUUUUGGUUUUAAUGAUGUUUUUAAUGAUUUGGCUAUUAAAUAUUAGCAUCGAAAUAAUUUAGUAUUUGCAAAAUAGAAUAGAAGUUUAAAACCAAUAAGAGAAAUAAUUGUUGAUGAAAUACCAUCUUUAUUUAUAUAUUUAAAAUAAUAUGGAUAAGUUGAUUUAGUGAUUUAUAAAGGUGAAUUAUCAGAAGAGACUAUAUCAUUAUAUAUUGAAGAGAAUAUUCCAUUUACAAAAUUUUAGACAGGAAGUUUUCCAUUUACAUCUGGUAAUGAAAUAAAUAAUGAAAAUUUUGAGAAUAUGAUAAUGAAUAAUGAUAAACCCGUUCUAUUAUUAUUUUAUUCACCAAAUUGUGAACAUUCAAAAGCAGCUAAUUAAUUAUUUGAAUAAUUAAUACCUAUGUUUGAAAAUAAAGUAAUAUUUAGUAGGACAGAUGCAACUAAGUAUAAAUUUGAAAGUUUUAAUAUGAAUUCUUAUCCAUCAAUAUUCUUUAUAAAAGAAAAAUAGAUUUAAAAAUAUGAUUCUUAAUAAAGAUCAAUUGAAAAAUUGAUUGAAUUUAUAAAUGAUUAGUUGAAAAUAAAAAAUGAUUAUCAAAGAAUAAUAAAUAAUGGAAUAGUAAUAACUGUAACAUCAGAAACAUUUUAAGAUAUAGUAAUAAAGAGUAAAUAACAUGUAUUAGUAAAAUUUUAUGCACCAUGGUGUGGACAUUGUAAGAAUAUGGCAAAAGAAUAUGAAGAGUUGGCAUAAUUAUAUAGAGGGAAUGGAAAUGUUCUAAUAGCAGAAAUGGAUUGGACUCAACAUUAGGUUGGUGUAGUAAGUAUAAGUGGAUUUCCGACAGUGAUUUUAUUUUAUAAAGAUGGAAAUUCAGUAGAAUAAAUAAAAUAUAAUAAAUAAAGAUAAGCAAGAGAGAUGAAAUAAUUUAUUGAUGGAUUGAUGAAUUAACAUGAUGAAUUAUGA